AGAAAGAGAGAGAGAGAGAGAGAGAGAGAGAGAGACAGAGACAGAGAGACAGACAGACAGAGGGGGAGGCUGGUUCCUGAUACCAAGAUACGGAAAAGCAGGGGAGGGAAAGAGAGUGAGUGGCUGAGACAGGGAGAGAGGGGGAGAAAACAGGGGAAUAACACUUAAAGAGACACAAAAGGCGUAGGUGAGGAAAGAAGAGAAUACAAUGCUCUUCUGAACAUUCCCCUUUCUUUAUCUCUCACGCUGUCACAUCGGAUUGGACUCCAAAGAAUCGACACCGCGUCUACCCCAGACCCCAUGGGUUAACAUACUGUAUCCAGGAGAGGCUUACAAGUCAGCUAACCCAAUGAACAGCAACAGGAAAGAGGACAUGGAGAUCUCGUCCCACUACCGGCAGCUCCUGCGGGAGCUCAACGAGCAGCGGCAGCAUGGCAUCCUGUGUGACGCCUGUGUCAUCGUGGAGGGGAAGAUCUUCAAGGCCCACAAGAACGUACUCCUGGGCUCCUCGCGCUACUUCAAGACCCUCUACUGCCAGGUGAAGAAAGGGGCGGAGCCACACCACCAAACAACCGUCACUCACCUGGACAUCGUCACAGCGACAGGCUUCAAAGCCAUCCUGGACUUCAUGUACUCUGCCCACCUGGCGCUGACCAGUAAAAAUGUAAUUGAGGUGAUGUCAGCUGCCAGCUACCUACAGAUGACAGACAUCGUCCAGGCCUGCCACGGCUUUAUCAAGGCUGCGCUGGACAUCAGUAUCCGCUCCGAGCUGGCCGACGAACUGGCCGACUUCGAGAUGGGGGCUGCCGCGGCAGCUGGGAUAUGUGGAGGAGGUAUAGGGGGAGAAAGAGGAGGGGUGGCGUCAGAAGCCCUGGCGUCCAUCAUAUCAGGAGGAAGCUCCUCGCCAUGGCUGGGGAGGCGUACGAGCCCAGCCAACUCCUCUGGUGACUCAGCCAUCGCCAGCUGCCACGAGGGUAGUGGCAGUACGUACGGUAAAGAGGACCAGGAGACACCCAAGAGCCAUGAGAGCCAGGAGGACGGUGGCCACGACUCCCAGCCCGCCUGGCCACACGACUACCGCCCCGUCACUGUCAAAGAAGAACAAGUCUCACCCUCCUCCACUUCUCUCCCCCAGGAGAGGCUCAGAGUGGGUGCAGGGGCACAGGGGGAGCAGGGGGGAGGAGGGUUGGGGGGAGGAGGUGAAGGGGCGUGGCAGCCCUCUGGGUCGGGGAGGAGGAAGAACAGGAAGAACAAGGACACAGUCAGACAUAUUACCCAGCAGACCGAGCUGGACAGAGACAGCAGGCCGGGCUCUCCGCUGCCCCCCAUGAUGGGCGUGACGCGUUGGAGCUGCAAUGGACAGGACAUCCCAGGUGCAGAUGUGACAGAGCCCAACAGCUCAGACAGUCGCGGAGAGCGUCUCGACUUCUUCCUUAAACAGGAAGAAGCUCUGGCAACGGGCGAGGCCAACUUCCUGGGUGCCAGCAAAUCAGAUGAGGCAGGAGGUGGGACCGGGGGCGGGACUACACCUUCGGUAGCCAACCUGAGGGCAGCGUUGAUGAGUAAAAACAGCCUGCUGUCGCUACGGGCUGAGAUGCUGGGAGACGAUAACCCUGUACUGUUUGAAUUCAUGCCCAAAGGAGGACACUCCCUGUCACUGAAUGACUUCACAGUGAUCCGUAAGAAGUUUAAGUGCCCCUACUGUAGUUUCUCUGCCAUGCACCAGUGCAUCCUGAAGAGGCACAUGCGCUCCCACACGGGCGAGAGGCCCUACCCCUGUGAGAUCUGUGGCAAGAAGUUCACCAGGAGAGAGCACAUGAAGAGACACACACUGGUCCACAGUAAAGAUAAGAAGUAUGUGUGUAAGGUCUGCAGCCGGGUCUUCAUGUCGGCAGCCAGCGUCGGAAUCAAACAUGGCUCUCGUCGCCAUGGUGUCUGUGUUGACUGUUCUGGGCGGGGCAUGGACCACAACGGGGAAGCAGGCGGAGACAUGUCCCCCGAGGACGAGCUGUAUCCCGGCGACCACCGUUUCCACGACGACCAGGUGGAGUGCGAAGGCGACGGAGAGGGGGAGGAAGAGAUGAUGACGGAAGGGGAUGGAGAGAUGAUGGGAGAGGGGGAUGAGGAGGGAGGAAAGUGGAAGGAUGACUCAGGGAUGAUGACGGAGGGGGACGGAGCGAUGGAUAAUGACAAGGAGGAGAGCGACUCCUCUGCGCCAGAGGGGGAGCAGCACAACGGGGGAGAGAAGGAUUUCAGCUGGAUCUCUUAGGAUCCUAUGGGAUCAUUUAGGAUCUAUUGUGGAUCUUGGGCAGACACAGCUCUCUUUACCCAUGUGUACAUGGGCCUUCCUCUAAGUGGGGUAUGUGGGCGAUACGCGACAAUUAUCUAAACAUUUGACAGAUGCCAUACACACACACACACCACACAUACACACAUACACACACACCACACAUACACACACACACACCACAC